AUGUCGACCGCUUCUUCCCCUCCCACGUCCCUCGUUCUCUCAGCAACCUCCUCAGUCCUCCUCCUCACGCUCUUUCCCCUCGCGCUCCUACGCCUCCGUCGCUCCUUCGCCCCCUUCACACUCGUUACAGCCCUCGUACUCGCCUCGACCCUUGCUCUCGCCGUCGCAGCCUCAUUCGCAUUCGUCGCGCUCGUCAACAAAGACCGCGAGCGGACUUGGACACUCCUCGGUGGGACGCUCGCUUGCGUCGCAUUGAUCCUGAGGGAUCUGUCGAUUCUCUCGCUCGCCCACACGCUCACCGAGGUCUCCCGCCCGCCCGACUCGUCUUCUCUGACUCGUGGACGCCCACCUCGUUCCUUCCUCUCGCUCUUGCUCCUCGCCCUCCUCCUCACGCUUUUCCUCUCCUCCACAACCCUCCACGUCGCACUCCUCUGCCUCCCCUCCCUCCCUUACUCGAACCUCAAGACUCUGGCGGUCGCUCGCGGGGCGUUACAUGCCCUCUUUGAGGGGACGGUCGUCCUCUGGGGCUUGAUGAGGUGGAAAGAGGGAGAGAAGCGAGAGAGAGGGGAAGAAGCGAGAUUGCCGAGCCAGGGAUGGGGAGAUGUCUCGGCGCCGACGGACGUCGAAGCUGGACGAGAUGCGCUGGCUUCGCUCAAGACCGUCCGCUCGCUCGCAGUCUCCUUCCUUGCCCUCCAACUCCUCGCCGUCGCACUCGACAUCCUGUCCGCCGCCCUCCCACUGCGCUCGUCCACCACCAACAAGACAGCCCCGCAGCUUCGCCUCUUCGGUUCGGCGACUUCGCCCGUCGGAAACUUGGUCAUGUCGGCGAUGGCGUGGGUGAGGUGGACGGGGAUGGUUGAAGUCGUUGCGGCUCUCUCCGCCCGAACUCGCCCGACCGACCUUCCACCGACCUCAACGCACCUCGACACGGCCCUAUACCACCACCCUCACUCUCUCCCUCCGACUCCCACGCCCUCGCUCCGCCCUCUCCCCGACCUUCCCACCACUCCCCCUUCGCCGCGCUACGAACGUCUCCCCUCUUCCCGCGCACAAGUUCAGCAAACUCGCGAGAGGAAGAGUAUGGAGAAGAGGGGCGCGGGUGGUACGCCGGGUCAGGGAUCGGUCGGGUCGUCGUUCUUGUUGCUGGAGAUGGACGCAGAGGACGAAGGAGGGACGUUCCAGCCCAGCAUUGCGCAUGCGCAGCCUGAGAUGGAGGUCGAGCCGAAGGAGGAAGACCUCGUCGUCGUCCCGUCGCUCCCGGUCAGGCAGGCUGGUCGACUCUCGCCCUCUCUUCCGCCUCUCGUGUCCCUCCCGCUCCUUACGACUCCAACCGGCUCCCCCCUCUCGCGGCACCGCCCUCACCGCUCCCUGCCCACGCUCCUCACCGGCGAACCCCCAAGUCGUCCGUUCACCCCGCUCCUCACGCCCGUCACGCCGAACGACGAGCGUUCUCCGCCCCUCUCGCGCGCAGGAUCGACCUCGCCGACUCUCUCGCGCUGGCGCCUCCCUCGCUCGUCGGAAGACAAGUCUCCCUCGGUCCCUCCGUCGCCAACGGCUGGGAAGACUUCCGCCCCUCCGUCCCCUCGCAAACUGCGUCGCGGACGCGGCGCGUCCGUCUCCUCCGUCCCGACGCUCUCGCUCGGUCCGCCUCUCGCGCUCGAUGCCGAGAGGGAGAAAGGGACGAACACGCCUGCUUCGUCCAUCUCGCGCGCGACGGGGAGGAGGCGUAGCGGUUCGGUGGGGUCGAUCUUGCGCUCUUUCGCUGCUGGAACGGGCGGGCGUCCUUCGAUGGAGACGAAGGCGUCUGAUGCGGCUGGACAAGGAUUGUGGUGGGACGUCGAGCCGAACGAGGAAGAGGACGACCCGUUCGUCCGCUCGGCUCCGCCGCUGCCUCUUUCUCUCGCUUCGUCGAGCGUGUCGAUGUCCCGCGCUUCGACGGACGGCGAGCCGAGUACCGACGAAGGAAGUGGAGCAGUCACGCCUCUGAGGCUGAAGAAGGCUCUCCUCGAAGCGAUCCAGGAGCCAGACGGAGGGGACGCCGCACUCGCUUCGCCCACGCGCAGAGUCGACGACGACGAGAUGAAACGCAUGCUCACGCCUCCUCCGCCGCACAUCGAGGACUUCGACUCGCGCCACAAGCACUCGCCCUCGGCUGCUUCGUCCAUUGCGUACGCCUACCGCGCAAGGAGCGCCUCGCAAUCCAGCAGCGGCAGCGUCUUCCGCGAGCACCUCGACACGACCGAUGGAGACACCUCGAGCAUGCCUCCUCCCUCGCCGAGCUCGUCGCUGGCGCUCUCGACUUUCGCGGCGUUCGGAGGAGGACGCGCGUCGGUCCCUUCGUCGCCUGUUCUUGCGCCGAGGAGGAGGACGGACGCGAUGAUCUCGCCGCUCAUGCUGCCGAGGCGCGUGGCGAGCGAAGGGGCGAACGACCCGUCGACCCCGCAGCAAGUCGCGAGUCCGACGCCCACCUCGACCAGGACCUCGUCGCCCUCGAUUACGCCCAAGGCGUCGCGCCUCCCUCGCCGCCUCUCGCGCCAGAAACGCCCGUCGAUACUCUCGCUCCGCUCUAACAGCGCGUUCUCCACUUCGCCGGCCAGCAACGCAACUCCGCAGCGCCGCUCGCCCAGCUUCAGCCUCCUCCCAACUCGCUCGUCGACAGUCAGCGCCUCGUCCAACACGCUCUUCUCAUCGCCCGCUUUCGCGUCCCUACGUAGGAUUACGACGCCUCGUCGCUCGCCCUCGCCCGUCCCGUCCAACCGCCCGUCCGAGUCUUCCGACCUCUCCUUCGCUUGUCGUGGACUCGUCGACAGCUCGAGCGACUUCAACGUCUCCCUCGCCAAUACUCUGCCCCCUUUCGUCGCUCCUGCUCGCCCUUCGCAGACCGGCGACGAGGUUGAGAAGGGUGAGAUGCCUUCAAGCGCAAGGAUGAAGCGUCGCUCGCGCACCUCGAAGGGUAGUCGCAACGCCUGGUGGAAACAGCUUCCGUCCGCAAGCAGGCCAACCACGCUUUACCGCCAGAACUCGCUCGCCUCGGGGCGUAUCCGUCGCACUUCUGCCCCGGCUCGCAGCUCGGGAAGUUACUCGCGGCCCCCUUCGUACGGAUCCGGCUCGAGCGCUGCUCGCUACCUUCAGGCAUCGGAAAUUGAAGGAGGUGCCGGCGGUUCGUCGUCCGGCCACAUCAGGAGCGUCUCGCUGCCUCUCCCUCUUCCACCUGUCCCUUCGACUCCUCCGCCGUCAAGCCGCUUUGAACUGCCGACCAUCAGCGACUUCUCGCCCAUCGGCUCCUCCAUCUUUCACCUUCCGUCCAGGCUCAGCGGAGGCAGCCCUCGUUCGACUCGUAGUCGGGGCAGCCCCAAAGUCAGUGCUCGAGUCGCCGUCCCAGUCACGAUGCCGUCCGCUUCCUUUGCCGACCAGCAGUCCCUUCGUGAGACCUCGUCAUACGACACGGCGAACACCUCGCCCGACUAUGCCGUGGCAGGCGAGCGAUUCCCGACGACGCCGACGCCCGAACCUCUCGCACACGAGCUUCACGAGCUCACGUCCCUUGUGAGGAGUUUCGCCGGCUCGCCAGGUGGUGACAUCUCGACGAGCGAUGGCUCGGCAACGCCUACCUCGACCACCUCGUCCCUCCCCUUCACGCCUCUCUCGCCAGUCUUCUCGCUCGACCCCAGCUCGCCCACCUUGACCUACUCUCGCGCUCGCCAGGCUCGCGGCGAAGACGACGCAGAGGAGGAAAUCGAGCUGAUGAGCCCGUUGACGCCGGCGUCGCCAGGCUUCGGCAGGAAGGACUAG